GAGCAUUAAGUCAAGCGGAGGCUCCGGCAAAGCCACCAUGGUCCGGGCUGGGGCCGGGGCGAGCAAGCGGGCUGCGCGGCGUUCCUGGCGGUUAGGGGAGCGGCCGGGUCCGCCCAGUAUGUCGGAAACAGGUGAGGGCGAGCCUCCCGUGGGAACCACCUGCCCGGCAGAGAACCAACACGAGGCUGUCCCCCGAAGCUUUAGAAUUGCAGCCUUGCCAAUGGACCUGAUUGGUUUUGGUUAUGCGGCCCUUGUGACUUUUGGAAGCAUUUUGGGAUAUAAGCGGAGAGGUGGUGUUCCAUCUUUGAUCGCUGGUCUUUUUGUUGGAUUUUUGGCUGGCUAUGGAGCUUACCGAGUCUCAAAUGACAAGCGAGAUGUAAAACUGUCACUGUUUACAGCUUUCUUCCUGGCCACCAUAAUGGGCGUGAGGUAUAAGAGAUCCAAGAAAAUCAUGCCAGCUGGUCUGGUUGCAGGUUUAAGCCUCAUGAUGAUUCUGAGACUUGUCUUACUGCUGCUCUGAAAAUAUGGAGGAACUGAAAACUAAAUUCAUGCGAUUCUGCUGUAACGGGCAGAGCACAUACUUUGUAUUUAAAAGAUAAGCUUCAGGGAUGCCUGGGUGGCUCAGUCGGGUAAGCGUCCAACUGCAGCUCAGGUUGUGAUCUCUCAGUUCGUGAGUUUGAGCACUGCAUCAAGUUCUGCAACUGGUGGUGCAGAGCCUGCUUGGGAUUCUCUCUCUCUUUCUGCCCCUUCCCCACUUGUUCUCUCUCUCUCUCAAAAUAAAUAAGUAAACUUAAAAAAAAGAUGAACUUCAGCAUGGAAUGUUAUGUGUCUUAUUCUACAUUAAAAACAACAGAAACACUCCAAUAUGAACACUAGUUUGAGUAAUUUUUUUUAAACAAAACCUCGACUGUUUUUCUACUUCUCUGAUAAUGGUUUCAUUAAAAAUAUUUAAUAAAUCAUUACAUUCUCUUUCAUUCGCUGCGUCCAGUUUUCAUAUGUGUGGGGUGUUUUAUUUUUUGAUAAUUCCAAACAGUUGGGUCUGAAGUUGAAAUUAAACUGCCAGUUAUCAGAUAAUGGAGUGCCCAAGGUGAACUUUACAAAAUGUUCAUGUAUCUGUUUGUCAUUUGCAUUGUAUUAGAAACUAUAUUUCUUGGGGCGCCUGGGUGGCUCAGUCGGUUAAGCGUCCAACUUCAGCUCAGGUCACGAUCUCGCGGUCCGUGAGUUCGAGCCCCGCGUCGGGCUCUGGGCUGAUGGCUCAGAGCCUGGAGCCUGCUUCCGAUUCUGUGUCUCCCUCUCUCUCUGCCCCUCCCCCGUUCAUGCUCUGUCUCUCUCUGUCUCAAAAAUAAAUAAAACCUUAAAAAAAAUUAAAAAAAAAAAAAGAAACUAUAUUUCUUCCAUUUUAAUUGUACUACUGCCAGUGUUAUUUUUUUUCUCAGCACACUCUGCGUACUGACUGAAUGUAUUCGGUAUUUAAAUAAAAUGCUUUCUGUUUU